CAUGGAAGACCACAAAACUGAGGUGGGCAAAUGUAUUUUGAUGUCAGCAAGAAUAUCAACCCAGUGCCUACAGAAUAAGAUGCCUAGGAUAUCUUCAUAGAUCUGUAAAUAUCAGAUGCUCAAGAAUUGCUUUGCCUAGUGGCACUGCUAACACAAGUUAGCUAAUCAGCUUGUGCCUGGCUUUGCAGCAGCAUCUCAACAUUUGUUUUAGAUAGACACAUUUCCCAGCUGCUGAAUCACUUGGCUGGAAAUUUUUUAAAAAAAAAGCUUUUUUAUCAUCUAAAGAGGAAGUGAAGCCAAGAACAAUCCAGGGUGAGGAUCUGCACAGAUGCCGGUACCUGAAAGGCAAAAAUGCCAUAUAACAGCUUUAGCAAAAGCAGACUGCGGCCCCCAGGCUCACUUAAUGGCCAGCACUGGAUAUUCCUGAGAAAAGGCCUAGAUGACUUCAGGGAUGGCUUUCCUCCUUCAUCUGAAAACAUGAUUGUGUAUGGUAAAAAGCAACCUGCCCCAGUUAUCCUGAAAAGCAGCGCAGUAAAGUCUUCACACACAGCUCCGUGGAACAAAAGCAAGAAGUCCAGCAAAAUACAGCUCUUCAAAGAGGCCACUGAUAUCUUCAAUCCCAGAAUCUUAUUUAAGAGUAAGGUUGACUAUGAACAGGAGAAUCAAACUCUUCAGGAGGUACAGGAUCAUAUGGAGGACAAGAAAAUGGAAGAAACAAUUUGCAAGAUACUAGCAGGCAGCAAGGAGUCUCGAGGCAAAAAAACAGGUACUUCUCUUUCCAAGAAGGUAGCAGCAAGAGAGAAAGAGGCCACACAGGGUGACCCAGUUCCACUUGACAAAUACGUAAAGCAAGUAACCAAGCGUUUUUGUGAUUGGGUUAUGUCCUUGGGAGGAGGGAACUGGAGUAUCGAUGAAGACGCACUCAGGAGUUUGCUCAACACCAGCUGUGAAAGGGAGGCCGCCCUUCCUGUACCUUUCUGUGCAGUGAAACUCCAUGUGCCACCAGAGCAGUCAAAAAGACAAGAGGCUUCACCUCCCAAGGCUGCUGUCAGAUGUUCUCAUCAACUAGGGUGCUUGCCAUGCCAGGUCAAGGAGAUAGAAGAUGCACAGCUGUACAGUACACAGGCCUUUAAGGAGUACCUGGAAAGAAAGGGUUACCGAAAACCUCAGUUCCUCCUGAAAAUGCUGGCUGGAAGAAAUGGUAAUGGAGCUCAAGAGAAGAUGUUCCAAGCUUUUAAGAAGUGAUGUCCAAAGAGAUAAGAUGAGAAAAGCUCUUCCACUACUGCUAACACAGACUUCUAAAGUCUCUUUAAAUGAACAGUAGCCAGCAGCUAAGUUGGUCCUUAAAUGUUCUUACAUUAGAGUAAACAUAAAGAUAGUUUUGCUUAUUAUUUUUUUUCCUGAUGUAGACAAGUAGUUUGAAAAUCAGUCUUGGACCACCAAGUUGCUUUAAGAUACCAUUUAGGUAUCUUAGCAGUUCUUAGGCUGGCUGAAAGGCACUCUAUGUCUUGUGUGCUGUAACAUACUGGCUUAGUCCAAAAUCCUGCACUACUUACUACUUUUUAAGCAUUCACACUGUACUUACUGCUUCAGCCUAUGUUACCAGCAUCCCUUUGAGAAUGAAUUGUAUGUUUAGCCCUGUUUUAGAGAUGAACAAAGUUUGAUAAAGGAGAAGGUGUUGGCAUCUGUUCAUUUAUUGGUGAUCUCAUAUUUUAAAUGGUUUUGCAGCACUGGGUGUACAAGCUGAGUUUCUUGAUGGGUGGAUACCUAUGAGAGAGGUUUUAUACUACAGGCUUUCUGUUGCAUGUGUGGUGCUUUAUGGAUCAGAUGAAGCUUAGGGGCUCAGGGCUCUAGCUGCUGAGGCUUCAGCUGGUGCCUGCUCAUCUACCAACUAUGGUAACAGUUAAACAGGGGUCCCCAUUUACUCACUCAGCUGUGUCUGUUGCUGUAUCUGAGCCCAAGCUGUACCCAACACAGUCACUUGCAAGCAGUCUGCAGCAAGGACUGGAGCUGAACUUGGUCUCCUGAAAUGUGGACUGUUACCUACUCUAGUUACCACCUGCCCCACUCAGUUUGGAUUUGGCAUGUGUAUCAAAUCUGAAUGGUUUCAAAAUUGUUUACCUCCACCUUAAUUGGAACUGGGAAUUUCACAUUUACACAAUAGUUCCGGAAUGGUGGCAGAGCCAUAAUGACUGCUGGCUUUGUGCAGCUGUAACUCUAAGGGCUGCAUAGGCAGAUGAAAUGCAGCUUAAUCAUGACCUAUAAACAUCGCAGCACUUCUACACGAUGGAGAAACAUCUGAUUCAGAACUUUGAAGAUCAGCAUUGAUGUGAAUCACAUGUGAGUACCUAAUCGAUGUAUUCUUCUUGGUAGCCAUGUCGGUACACUGCAGAAGUCUUUUUGCCUCCACUUGUUUCUCAUUCCUUUGAACUGGCUGUCUCUUGCAGGAAGGAGGGGGAGGGCUGAUAUUUUUGUGAGUUCAUUUUACUGAACUCUCAUGUAUUGUUAAUUUAUACCUCAGUCCAAUUUCCUCUUUUGAUCUCCAAAACUAGGCCUCUAUAAGAUUACUUUAUCUUCAGGAAAGCUAUCUUCCAUACAAAUUGAGGAGCUCCCAGCAUAAAUCUACCCAAAAGGUAGAUUUUUCCAUAGCAUGGGGGAAUUCUUAACCACAGAUCAUUAUGUUGAAAGGCAUUUUAGGUGUUACUUGGGUUUCUAAAUUCCAGUCCUGCACGGAAUCAGGGUGCCUUGAAGCUGUGCUGUUAGCAGAGCUGAUACUAGAAUAAUAAAUCAGUUCAGCAUCUAUCUGUCAGAGGUUCUGCAAGUGCAUUGUAAUAUUUCAUUCUCAGUAUUUCAGAAGCCUUCAGCUGAAAGCAAAGCAGUUGCUGAGAGAGAGCUUCUUGUGAAGUAGGCAAAAAUAUAAUUAUAGACUUGUUUUUUUUCUUAUGAACACCACAGGAACAUAAGACUGCUGCAGAAAGAAGUUUAUUUAAUGUUGAAUUAACAAAGCUAAAACUAUUAUAUGUAUAUAUAUAAAUAUAUAUAUUUUUUUUGCUGUUUCAUUGUCAUUUCAGUAAUGUGUGAAGCCAAGUAAGGCCAUUUCAGAUCAGCCUAAGCCUUUGCAAUCAACUUCUGCCAACACUGAGGAACACAUUAACCAUCCCAAAUACAACACUGGACACCUUAUGCACUCACAUACAUUAUGUCUAUGGGCAAUACCAGAUAUAAUGCAUUUGAAUAUAAUGGACAAUACCGAAUCAGCUCCCUUAUUUGGUGGAGGGUUCUUAUACUAACAGAAAAAAAAAGACAGUUGUAGAAAAGGGAAUGAAUCUCUUUACUGGGGCCUCUGCUCUUGCAAUUGAGGCAGCUUCAUAGGAUUCUUUUUUUUUUUUUUCUUUCAGCUCUAAAUGCAAAACAAGGAACAAAUUCAAACCAGCUUGAUUGUGUUCAACCUCAGUUGAACUGGGAACACAUUAUCAGUGAGUAAGUGUGGGAAUUGAAAAUAUAUAUAUAUAUGUAUAUAAUCUUGGCACCUACUUUCUAUAUCUAAGCGAGGACUGUAAGCUUACAAUAGCUGUAGCACUAGAAGGAUAUAGAAUGCUCAAUUACAAAAAAAA